GUAGUGAAAUUUUGGCAAUUUGGUUUUCCAUCCAGCAGUUUCCCCUCCUAUGCUGAUAUUCUCUCUCUCUCUCUCCGUCCCCGACCUCCAAAUCCAUCAUCCAUUCCUCGCCGGAAUUCUGUCAAUUUAGCUCUACGCCAUCUCUGAUCCCAUACGUCUACAUCGGAGAAGAGCAGCUCGCACCAAGCGUCCAAGCUCUCAACCUCGUGCGAUUUGAGGAGAAAUCCGGCAGUUGUUCCCGCGGCAUUCAGAUCGCCAUGGCUGCAACGGAGUCGGCCCGUCGGCGCGGGCAGAGGAAGGCAAAGGAAGCGGCCGUGGGCGCGGCCGCGAGGGCGCUGUUCUACCCGACGCUGCUGUACAACGUGGUUAGGAGCAAGGUCCAGGCCGAGUUCCGGUGGUGGGACGAGGUCGACCAGUUCAUUUUGCUUGGAGCUGUUCCAUUCCGUAAGGAUGUUCCACGCUUGCAGAAGCUUGGAGUACAUGGUGUUAUAACUCUAAAUGAACCAUUUGAGACUUUAGUGCCGUCAUCAAUGUAUCAGUCUCGUGGAAUCGAUCACCUUGUUAUACCUACAAGAGAUUAUAUGUUUGCUCCAUCACUUGUGGAUAUUAAUCAAGCUAUUGAUUUCAUUCAUAGAAAUACAUCCUGCGGUAGAAUGACAUAUAUUCACUGCAAAGCUGGGAGGGGACGGAGUACAACAAUUGUCUUGUGCUAUCUGGUGAAGUACAAGAAUAUGACACCUACUGCAGCAUUUGAGUAUGUGCGGUCUAAAAGGGCUAGAGUGCUUCUUACCCGUUCUCAGUGGAAGGUGGUUCAAGAAUUCAGUACAAAGGUCGUUGGAGCAGCAGCAUCUAAAACAGAGGACGUGGUACUCUCAACUGAAGAUGGCUCUGGCUCGCCAGGAGUUAUCAAAAAUAAUGCCAGCUUGUCUUCUGAUAAAACCACCCCGUUGAGGCCAAUGAUGAAGAUGCUGUCAUGUUUGCUUCCUUCUCCUGUGAGAUCUGGCAACUCGCUUUCCCACGCCGACCUGCACACAUGAUCCUAGCCUUGUGCUGGUCCUGAUCACAAGUGGUUUGUCAAUGUGGAACCGAAGCGAUUGCGUUGUCAGGAAGAUCUUCCUAAAAUGUGCAAGGGAUAGUUUCGCAUGUUGUUCAUCCUUUUUCUCAUGUGUUUCGUUUGGUUCUUGCUCAGUGCACACACAUCGUUUGGGGCAAAACUGUACAGUUUGCUUCCCUGGCCGCCCUUGUGUAAGUUUCAACAGAAUCGGGACUUCCAAUUUGUGCAGCAGGCGCUUAAACUUUCAGCGCCAAAACAUAUACAAGCCAUCAACAUUUAUUUUUGUUUUAGAAA